GCCGCCAACCUCCCCCCGCCACAAGGCCCCAAUUCCUGCAGUGCUCCCCCAACCACCUCCCCGCAAUCGCCGUUCAAGAGCCACAAGCCACCCACCCAUUCACAAUCUCGGCCAUGGGUCUGCUGGCCCUUGGAACGCCGCUCGACUGGCCGGAUGCCAAGAAGGCUGCCCACCAGGUCAGGUCGUGGGGAAUCGAACAACUACUUGCCAUCUGGCGCAAUGCCAAGGGCAAGGAAAGGGAUGCCCUCCUCUGGGGAGACGAGAUUGAGUACCUGGUGGUUUGCUACGAUGAACAUCACCACAAGGUCCGCCUGUCGCUGCGCCAGGCCGACAUUCUAGCUGCCUUGGCCAACGACGAGAAGCUUCUGCAGCAAGGCGGCGGCGUGCCGGACCUGCAGACUGGAAAUGCCGAUGCAAAAGACAAUCCCGCACCCGUGUUUCAUCCGGAAUUUGGAAGGUUCAUGCUGGAAGCAACUCCUGGAAAACCGUGGGGAAUUGGCUUCAAGGAUCUACUCGACGUGGAGCCCAAUAUGAAGUGGAGACGAGCCAUAGCCAAGGAUCACAUGGCACAGACGGAAUUUCCGGUUACAUUGACGACAUUCCCUCGUCUUGGAUCAGCUGACUGUAUCGUACCGUCUUAUCCUGUUUCAGGCCCCAAGCUACGCUCCCAGUUUGUUCCGGACGAAAUUGCCAAUCCCCAUAUCCGCUUCCCAACGCUGGCUGCCAACAUCCGCUGGCGAAGAGGCAGAAAGGUGCAAGUCAACGUGCCCGUGUUUCGAGACGAGAAGACGUCGUGGCCUUGGAAGGAUCCCACUGUCAACUAUGAUUUGCACAACUGGCCCGAGGACGACGAUGUCCGCAAUGGCGCUGCCCAGGACAACUACAUCCACAUGGAUGCCAUGGCCUUUGGCAUGGGCAGCUGCUGCUUGCAAAUCACCUUCCAGGCAAAAAACAUUGAAGAGGGAAGGACCAUGUACGACCAACUCAGCCCGAUAGCCCCCAUUCUGCUGGCAUUGACGGCAGGAACACCAAUCUACAAGGGCUUCCUGGCCGACACCGACGUGCGCUGGAACCAGAUCAGCAGGGCGGUUGAUGACCGGACCCCAGAAGAACUGGGAGAAAAGCCUCUCAAGAACGAUAGAUGGCGACUUCCCAAGUCUCGCUAUGCAUCCAACUCGACCUACAUUGCCCAGGACCCACGCCUGCGGCCAGAGUAUCUCGACCCAGACCUCAUCAUAGACCCCGAUCUCAAGAAGCGGCUGGUCGACGGCGGUAUGGAUGAUUUGCUGGCAACCCACUUUGCACAUCUCUUCAUCCGCGACCCGAUUGUUGUCUUUGCCGAAGAUCUCCAGGAACUCGAUCUUACCAAAGCCGACCACUUUGAGAACUUGCAAUCAACCAAUUGGCAGCACAUGCGCUUCAAACCUCCGCCAGCUGGCUCCGACAUGGGCUGGCGCGUUGAGUUCCGACCUAUGGAAAUCCAGAUCACGGACUUUGAGAACGCGGCCUUCUCCAUCUUCAUCGUGUUGCUCACCCGUGCAAUCCUGUCAUUCAACCUCAACUUCUACAUCCCCAUCACACUAGUGUCGGAGAACAUGGAGACAGCACACAUUCGUGACGCGGUGUCGACGCAAAAGUUCUGGUUCCGCAAAGACCCUUUUCCAGCGCACAAGCCCAGCAGCGGCACUGGAACUUCGACACCCGCUGAUGCAAGCCGACCAGCAACUCCCACUGGGCCGGUGGAGGACGAGUACGAGCAAAUGACGAUCAAUGAAGUCAUCAACGGACAGCAAACCUCGUCGGGCGACGCCGGUUUCCCUGGCCUCAUCCCUCUUGUAGAGUCAUACCUCAACAGCAUGAACGUUGAUGUCGAGACUCGCUGUGAUCUUGCCACCUAUCUUGAUUUGAUCCGCAAACGCGCCAACGGCACAUACUGGACGGCAGCCAAGUGGAUCAGGCAUUUUGUCCAGUCCCACCCAGCAUACCAGAAAGACAGCGUAGUAAACGACGAAAUUACAUACGACCUUAUCAAGGCCACGGAGCAGAUUACAAAGAACGAGGGCAGAGAUGGAUUGGGCAAGGAGAUGUUGGGCAAAAGGCGCUGAAAACAAGCAAAUUAUGCUUUGCAACUUACGGGAGAGGUUGAAAAGUACAGGACACGUGCAUUGCGUAUAUAGAUAUGCGGGCAG